UUUUUGAAAGGCUGGGCUCCUCUCUCUCUCUCUCUCUACCACUCUUUCUGUCUUUUAUCUGCUCUCUGGCCAUUCUACCUAUGACACCCACAAUAGUCAGCGGGGAGACAGAGAGGAUGGCUCAACAGCAGGAUUUGCUAAUAUCUGUUCAACAGCGUUCUUUUUUAUCCUGCAGUCUGCCAAUGUCUGUUAGAAAAGAAUGAACUUUCUCAUUUUUGCACAGUGGGAUAUCUCUACUCACUAGAAGAUAUUUGUGAUUUUCUGGCAAAAGGAUAUGUUGACAAUGAGGUGUCUCUUUUCUGAGAGAAUGGGAUUUGUUUUUUUCCCAUUGUUUCUCGUUGUUGGGCCUUCGUCUUCAUUUUAAAGCAAAACUGGAUGUCUAAGGAAACAUGGGGACAAAGAGAUUUCCUUUGCUGACUUUGUUCACGAGACAUGAUAUGAGAAAGUCAAAGAAGCAAUGGCAUACAAAGAACUUUUUUCUUUGUCAGUGAUGUCAUUGACAACUGUUUAUCCCCGGAGAAGAAACACGGAGCAGAAGAUUCUGGAUGUGGAAGCAGGAAAGUCUAACAGGGAGGAAGAAGAGCAAGAAGACAAAGAUUGUUUGCAGCAGCUCUCCUGCUGUCCUGCUUGCAACCAGGGUUAUUAUGACACCCUCUUGUUCCUGCCGUGCUCUCACACCAUGUGUGCUCCCUGUAUAGCAGCUGGAGAGGGAGUAAGAUCAGGCCAGUCUCAUCAGCGUAGUGUCAGCCUACCUGUCUGCUCUGUGCUGUGUCCAUGCUGUCGACAUCCUGUGGAGUUGCCAUGCUGGACCUGGCUAUCUGCAACUUCCUGUCUCCAAAAACAUCACACCCUGAGUCCUGCAAGUGUCAGCAGGGAGACAGGCACAAAGAAGGGGGCAUCUGAAGAUCACCUUCAACAUGUGCAGGCGGACGCAUGCUGUGGGGGUGCAGGCGACAUGACAGCACAGAGCUGUUUACAUGGCUCCAAUGCUGCCAGUUCCUCAACGGCACCAGUGGAUGGCGGUGUAGACCUGCGAGAGGAGGAGAUGGAGCAGUCUGUGUUUGGACUAUGUUUUGCUCUGGACCCUUUAACUAUCCCUCCAUCCCUCCAUCUUUCCCACUCGUCUCUCACCGUCACCUACCACGGAGAGAACCCUCCUGGCCCACCACUGGACACCACGGUCAGGAGAUCGAUGACCUCUGACCCCAGGGUUACGCUGGCCCUCCCCCAGGUCUGCGCUGAUGUUGUCAUUGCACGAGGGCAGUAUUACUGGGAGGUGGAUGUCUGUAACAGCUCCAUCUACAGAAUCGGUGUGAGCUCACUGGAUGGUUCCAGCGGCUGGUGGCUUGAAAGGCAGGGCUUAUCUUUUAGUGCAGUGUAUGAUGGGAGCCGAGAGCCGCUCUGUACUGUCCCGCCUCAGGUCAAAACCCUCGGUGUAUUCCUAAACAUCGGAGGGGGCGCCCUGAGCUUCCACAAUCCUCUGACCCGAGAGCACUUAGCCACGCUGCCUACGAGUUUCAACCCUUCUGGAGUUCUCCCAGCUCUGGGCCUGGGCCAGGGUCGACUGAAGCUGCGCUGUGGCCUCCCCCCGCCUCCUCAUGUGUUCCUCAGUAAGGACUCUGCCUACAGGGGACCUUGUGGGGCUGGAGGAGGACGGUGGCACAGGGAGAUUCCCUUUCAGUCAGUGAGGAAAGUGAUACAGAAGUUUGAAGAGCUGGCUGUGUCGGACUCAGACUCAGGCCUUGUGUCCAGUUUAGGAUCAUCCUGCUCCACCUUCUCUUCCCUUCCAGAUCUGGGGAUUCCUGGGAUGUUUCCCUCUGGACAAGCAGGACAGGGAACUGUGACUGAAAAAGAAAGUCUUUAAUGGGAGCAUCAGAAACACACCCACCGCUCCUCUGAGUGGUUUGAUCUUUGGCUGUCAUUUGAAAGGCUAAUUUGUCAUCUUGAAGGACUUAUGGCUGCCUCUUUCCACUCUCUGCGUGACCCCAGACCAGCAAUUGACUCCCUCCCCAGGACACAACCCUUUCUCUCAACCAAACAACCCCUGCUGGUUUUGGAUCGAGCCAGAAAAAGUCCUCUGUAAUGUGAAUUGUGAGGAAACUGUGGGCUUUUAGCAGCAGGACUUCUUGAUUUGUCUCUGUGUGGCGGUUGUCACACAAUAGGGGUCCUACAAUAGAACUGCACACCAUCCUGCAUGUGUGUAUGUGGGUACAAGCACUAGCCAGAGUACAAGUGUUUGCUCAGUCACAUUUGUGUGUGUGUGUGUGUGUGUGUGUGUGUGUGUGUGUGUGUGUGUGUGUGUUGUGUGUGUGUGUGUGUGUGUGUGUGUGUGUGUGUCCGUGAGCAAGAGGACAAUGUAACAAGGGGGUGGAGAUGACGAGGUGUGGUACAGUGUCACCAGCGGUGUUGACACAGAGCAGCAAGGACAGGUGGUAACAUGAUUUAUCCCACGGCCGUGCCUUCGAUAGGACAGUAGGACUGCCCUUUACUGACCCUUUGAAAACCCCAGGGCUCCCAAAGCUUCAAAGGGGGGGGGGGGCGAGAGGCACGGAAACAGAGAGGUAAAAGAGAAAAACAGCAUGCAUGAAUUAAAGACAGCAGGUGAUGACCUGGUAAAAAAAAAGAAAGAAGAAAGAAGCGGAGAGAAGGAAUCCCAACAGUUUUCAUGCCAAGCAGCUCUAAAUAGAUUAACUGGCCAAGGCCACACCAUCUGAGAAUUUGAUUUAAAGUAGUACUGAGCUGCUAUUUUACAUUAGAAGCGGUGAAUACUGAUUGCAGUUUAGAGACACAUUAGUUAUCUUGGCACAUUUUUCAGAUGUGGAAUAAAAAUUUACAUUUGAACCCUAAUUAGGGGUUUUCUAUGCAACUAAACCCUCCUCUUGUGUCUCUUCUCCAGUGGCUUUUAGCUCCACAGACCCCGGAUUUUGUUUGCAUGUUAGACACUGAUUCAUUUUUGAGCGAUUUUGGCAAAGGAAAUAGUGAAAGUAAACUUUUCCUUCUUUUCUCCUUCCUCACCAAGGCUUGAGACCCAUUCUGAGAACCACUGGUGCCUUAUACUUGGCAUGGUCGUUAUUCAUGUUCUCCUGCGACCACUCAUAAUUAUAAGGCAGGCCCUAUUGCAGAAGUCCCUCCAACUUUUGUUGUCUGUUUUUCAAUGAAUGCCUUUUUGAAAGGUGCAGUCUCCAAGUAUUUAGUCAGACCAGCUAAACUGUUAAUCUCAUUGUAAGACAACAGUAAUGCUCACAAUA